UGCCUGAUUUUGUUUGUUAUUGAUGCUUGUGGGUUUACAAAUAUGGCCAUUCAAGCGCAUUUGUAUUCGGAGAAUCUCGGGUUUUCGUUAGGGAGUUUGCAGGAUUUAAUGGAUGAUAAUGUUUGUGGAUUCAAUCAAUUUUGUUUCAAUCCUCAACCGGAGCAGCAGCAACCGUAUUUGUUACAAAUCCAACAGCAGCAGUUUCAAAUUCUGAAUCAGAAAAAUAACAUUCAGAAUUUGAUGAAUUCGUCAAAUUCUACCAUGUUUCCUCAUAGUCUGGCUUCUCAAUUUGAGAAACAGAGAGUCGAGAUUGAUCAGUUCAUUAGUUUACAGACCGAGAGAUUGAGAUUGGCUCUGCAAGAACAGAGGAAGCAACAAGUGGCAUUAAUUUUGAGAAAUUACGAAUCAAAGACUCAUUUAUUACUGAAACAAAAAGACGAAGAAAUUGCGAAAGCAGCAAACAGGUCUAAAGAGUUGGAAGAUUUUUUGAAAAGGAUAGAAACGGAGAAUCAAACAUGGCAGAGAAUUGCGAAUGAGAACGAAGCCAUUGUUGUUUCUUUAAACAACACAAUUGAACAACUAAGAGAAAAUGCCUGUUUUCAAUCAGGUGAUGCAGAGUCUUGCUGUGAUGUACAACCAAUUGAGGACAAAGUACAAUCAUCGAUAAGGAUGAUGUGCAAAAGGUGUAAUUCUAGUAAGUCAUGCAUGGUUUUUUUGCCUUGUAGACAUCUUUCUUCAUGCAAAGAUUGUGAAACUUUUCUCCAUUCAUGUCCUCAUUGUAACAUGGUCAAAAAAGCAACUAUAGAGGCUUUCAUUUGAUCUUCUUGCAAAAUGACAA